UCGAGCUGCUUGUUGCGUUCACGGCAGAGGCGCGUGAGCGUGGUGGGAAAUGCGAGCAAGAUGGCGGCGUUGAAGGAGGAGCAGUGUUACGGACUGUCCUGUGGAAGAGUGAGCAAUGGCAGCAACAUCUCCGUCUAUCACGUCAAGCUGACUGACAGCGCGCUGCGAGCGUUUGAAGACUACCAGAGCAACAAGGGCCUGACUGCUAAACCACUUAUAGGAUUCACAGGAAACCAAGGGACCUUGCGUGACCCUGGGACUCUCCCCAGUUCUUGUGAAGUAUCCUGGUUGUCACAAUCCACAGCACUUCUCUGGAUUAGUCAGGUCUUUUGGAUCUCACUGAAGCAGUUCCUUGGCUCUUUUAAAAAUGAUUGUCUGUCUUUUGUUCCCUGCAGAAAACUGUGUAAGCCUCAGAGCAGUGGCCCUGUGUCUGGGGAGAGUCCGGUCAGCCCGCCCAAAGAGCCAGCCAGCAGCUCGCCCUCUCAGAAACGACCUGCAGAGUUCAUCGAUCCCCUGGCCAAUAAGAAACCCAGAAUAUCGCAUCUAGCCAGCAAGUCUAUGGGGCUCAUUAACGGCAAAUUGAGCUCGUCCAAUGGGAGAGACUCUUCUAGUUCUCAAUCAGCAGAGACGUCGUCGAGCUCCCACUUCCCUCCGUUGGAGAUCCCCCGACCCUUCGAACCCCUUUCGGACGUCAGCAACGACUCCAACGGCCGAGACUGUGAAAGUCAGGAGGCGGCGGUGGCGGAGAGACUGAGCCAGCCCCCGUCGUUCGCCCCUCGCUCCACAAUGCUAGAGGAAGGGCUGAGCUCCACGUCCCCGGCCCACAGCAGCCUGGACUGGUCUCAGACCCAGAGCGCUCAACCCUCCCUGCAUGGCAAGUCUAAGAAGAAGUCCAAAAAACACAAGGACAAAGACAAGUCCAAGGAGAAGGAUAGGGACCGAGAGCGGGACAUGAAGAAAGAGAGGAGAGUUGAAGACCAUGGCUUGGAUCAGAGGAAACCCUGUGACAUCACGACGAGCGAUAGGAGCCCAGGUCUGAACGGAACGUGCAACAGCUCCAGUAUUCCUGCGUCUUCGUCGGAGACAGCAGACUAUUUAUUAAAGUACACCGUGAUAAACUCGCAAGAGCAGCGUCAGAGUUACAAAAACGACUUCAACGCAGAGUACAGCGAGUACCGGGGCCUCCACUCACGGAUAGAGAGCAUCACCCGACAGUUCACUAUACUCGACUCCGAGCUCAAACAACUCCAGCAAGGCACAGACAAGUAUAAGACAAUCCACAAUCAGAUACUUGAAGAGUAUCGCAAAAUCAAAAAGGCUAAUCCAAACUAUAGCCAAGAGAAGAACCGCUGUGAAUACCUACACAACAAACUGGCACAUAUAAAAAAACUGAUAGCAGAAUAUGAUCAACAACAACUGCAAAACUGGCACUAAUAACAAUCUCUCAAUUUCUUUCUCCUUAAUUUUUCUGUCUCUUUUGAGAGAGAGAAUCUCUGGAUUAUUUUUUUGUUUUUCUUGGCUUGCUCUAAAAACAAGUUGCUCUAAUGUAAAAUGCCACGAAACUGAUUUCUUUUUUCCCCCGUAGUGGGCCAAGUGCUCUAGUGAGGACAAUGCAGACCCAUGAAUUUCGUUUUUUUAUGGGACUCGGGACAUGGGCGUACUCAGCCAUGCUAACCUGUGUAGCCUAAUGCAUUAUGGGAUUGGUUGCCAGCUUCCUUCCCUUCUCAAUGGUCUCCGAGUGUGAAAGGAAAAACUGUUCUUUGGAGAUCUUUUCUGAACCGGGGAUAACCAACACCCAUUCCCAGAAUCUCAUAGUUUAAGGUUUAGAAAAAAAUGUAAUGGAUAUUUUUUUCUGUAUGUACUAAAAUGGAAGGUCCUAUAUUUUAUUUUCUUUUAUAUUUAUUUUCGUCUUCCAUAGGGAUACAUCAGUCCGAUUAUGAUUUCACACUCCUUUUGAGUGCUAAACAUCUCGUCCCGUCCCUUUGGUCUUUCUUUAAUCGGUCAGUAUUUUAUGCAAAAGCUGCCUUGGAUUUCUGAGAGAUCCCUAAUGCAGUAUACCUCCCCCCCCCCCCCUCCCGUUUCCUUUUUUUUUUUGUAUUUUUUUUAGAGUGCUUGUGUGUCUGAAAUAGCACUAUUUGGCUCCUUAUUUUGUGCAAUGCGCUAGAGACCACGUGCAAUGGACAUGAAUCGGAUGCCUAUGGGAAGGAGAUAACCAUCUGUUUAGAGGCUUUGACAGUAUCAGUAUUACCAUAGUAGAGCUCCAUACGAAUGAACUUGCCAUUCCAGUCGUGAGGGAGCACUUCGGUGUUGGCACAUUUUUACAAUAUUUUAUGCUUUUAACUGAAAAAAUGACUAUCACAACCCAUGAAUGAAUCAGGUGUGGUUGUACAAAAAAAACGCAGCAAAUCUUGUAAAAUUGUGCCUCAGGUGAGCCGUUUGUCGUCCGGUAAUCCAGUAUUGCUAGUUACGAGCGUGAUGAUAACAUCACAUUUGCGGCCAAACUUUCUUGGUAUUCUUCCAGAAAAUAGCGAUUGUAUCCCUUUAACGUAGCCUUGAGGGGCUGGUUGGUGAAGAAGACGCGAAAAUGGUAGAAACGCAACCUUGGCUAACUGUCUGAACCCUUUAGCAAUUCAAUGUUUGCUUGAAUACUGAGUAUUUGUGGUGGGGUUGACCAUUUCUGACAGUAUUUUCGUUACGAGAUGACUGUUAAAUUCCAUUAAGGCAUCUCAUCGUGGAGGAUCCAUUACAAACCUCUGACGUGCUCCUCACGUUACCUGUGGACGCUCGACCAGAAGUUGCUCAUCUGUCGGGUCCUGUUGAAGCAUCAAUUGUGCUUCUGAUAUCUGAACUCUUAUGUUUAAAUAUUAAAAUUCAGCACUUUGCUCAGCUUCUUGCUGUUACUCUUACCUGGGUUUUGUUGCAAGGAGUCACUUGCCUUGUCUGUGUAUGCAUGCUUUCUGACUGUUGAAGACACAAAAAAGGGUUAAAGCCAGUGUUUACAGUGGAUUUACACUGCUGUUUAAUAUUCAGAAGACAAAUAUUUAUCAAAUAGCCCCGAAUUUACCUGGCCAGCAUUGGUUCAGUGUUGCAAUUGCAAAAAUGUAAAUAAAGUCGAAUUUGACCCUUACGAAUUAACUGAGAAUAAUUCUCAAUCACAAAUUUACCACAAAACACAAUGAUUUAUUUUUUUUCAGAACUGAUCAUGAUCUGCUUUUUGGUCUUUUUGUGUUCCCUGCAGAAACGGUCUGAAAAUGCACAAAUUCAACGACGAAUACGAAUGACGUUUGUUUGGAUUUGAAAAUGCUUGGAUACUUUGAAAAAAAAUUGAGACAACCUUGGGGGGGGGGAUGUGCCAAAUGACCUGUUGUAUAGGUUUGGAUCGGAUGAAAUAUGUUGCUGUUUUAGCAAAAAAAAAAAA